AUGGUGAAAUCGAACGAGUGCGGUGUGCAGAAAACAGCUAGUUGGUCACUCUUCUUCACAAGCUCUGCGGUGAUUUUCGUGCGGGUCUCGGUCUCGUCUUCGCUCAUCGCCUGGAAAAAAGGCGGUGGUGGUGGUGGUGGAGGUGGUGGUGGUGGCGGUGGAGGUGGAGCUGGAUACGCAGGAUACGCAGGUGCAGGUGGUGCACAACAAGCGCCUCCUCCACCACUCAUCAUACCUCCGCCACCGCCACCCAUUCCUCCCAUGCCAAGUUGGCCAAGCAAAUCCCAGAGGAAUGCUGAAGUCAGCGGGACAAGUGCGAGCAGGACGAGCAGCCUCAUACCUUAA